UCAACCGGUUCAAUUUUGUAUUUUUAGUUCAAACUACGUUCAUACAUAGCUACGUUUCUUAUUAAUUACUACAAACUGUUGACAUUUUCAAUGUAAUGUGCUGUUAAUCUGAUGUAAUUACUUGUUCAAUAUUUUAAAACUUAUUUAUAUUGAUAAAUGACCUUAAUUAUAUGUAAUAUGUUAUAACUAGAACUUAAAAGAUGCCGGGAAAAGUUAAAGUACGUGUAUUGGCUGGUCGAAAUUUGCCAGUCAUGGACCGAUCUAGUGAUACAACUGAUGCUUAUGUUGAAGUGAAACUCGGAAGUACAACAUACAAGACCGAUGUUUGUAGAAAAUCAUUAAAUCCUCAGUGGAAUUCUGAUUGGUAUAAAUUUGAAUUGGAUGAUACAGAACUUCAAGAUGAACCUCUUCAAAUUAGAAUUAUGGAUCAUGAUACAUACUCAGCCAAUGAUGCAAUUGGAAAAGUAUACUUUAAUUUAAAUCCAUUACUAUUACCACAGCCAACAGUUGUACAAUUAUCAGGUCAACAAACUGAUACUUUGAUUUCGAAUCAGAGUCAAACUACAGGGGGAUCCGUGGUGUCUGGAUGGUUUCCCGUUUUUGAUACAAUGCAUGGAAUUCGAGGUGAAGUACAUAUCAUUAUAAAAGUAGAACUAUUCUCAGAUUUUAAUAGAUUUCGUCAGUCUUCAUGUGGAAUUCAGUUUUUUUAUUCUGGGGCAGGAAUAACAGCACAUACAGAAUGGGUGCAUGGUUUUGUAGAAGAGUUAGUAGUUGAAGAUGAUCCAGAAUAUCAAUGGUUGGAUAAAAUACGUACUCCUCGUGCUACUAAUGAGGCACGUCAAACCAUAUUCUUAAAACUUUCUAAUGAAGUACAAAGACGUAUUGGUUUGAAAGUUUUAGAGCUUGGAGCUAAUGCAGUUAUUGGAUAUAACCAAUAUUUUGAUUUGGAAGGUGAAUCUGGCAUUGUUGUUCGUGGAAUUGGAACCGCUGUUACAUUAGUGCGACAUUUAACAUUACCAUCAGUAAAUUUAAAUUUACAGCCAACAAUCGAUGAUUUGGAUUUUUCUAACUCAUUUAUACAAACUAAUGAUAUUAACCAUACUAUUUCAAUUAUUAAUAAAAAUAAAAAAUCUUAUUCUAUCCGUAAAAUGUCUCCACACCUUCUAAAAUCAAAUACUGUAGAUUUUGCUGAAUUAUCCAGUAUGAAAAGUUUGUUCGAUCAAGAAGAUAUGCGUACAUCAAAAUUAAAAAGACAAAAUCGAUUUUUAAAGGCUAUUACUUUUCAAAAUUCUUAUCAAAAAUAUAAAAAAAAACAAAUGUACUCUGCCUCAAUUGAAUCUGCUAGUUCAUCAUCUGAUCAUGAUAGAAAUUAUAAUACAUGCAAUUCAGCUUUAGCAUUCUUGGCCCAAGCUACUUUGGACUUCAAUUCAUCAUUUGAUUUACAUUCAGAGUCUGAAGAAAUACAGCCUUACCAUUCUAGAAGACAGCUAUUAAGACAACCUAGUGUUGAUACAAAUUGCUCAAAAUUAUCAUUAGAAUAUUUGUUUAACCAUGAUGAUCGGGAGUUAAAAAAUAAGGAAAAAGGUAUACCUAGUUUAAAUUUACCGUCCUCGAGUUCAUUAAAUUCAGCUUCUGAUUCAACAGGAGAUUCAGAUGUGGCUUUUGGGUUUGAGGUAUCAAAACUUAAUGUAAGGAAUUUAUCUCCUUGUGUAUCUGAUAAUCCAACAUAUUAUUCAGACUCCUCAGACUCUGUAGAUUCAGAUUCAAUUGAUAUUGUAAGCACAAAUUCAGAAUCUUUUUAUCAAGAGCCAUAUACUCCUCCAUUAUCAAGAAUAGUAUCUACAGACAGACCCAUUACACCUCCAAUUUCUAAAAUUGUUUACUUAAGUAACAUUAAACCAAGUUUUCACAGUCUAACAGAUAUAUGUAUGUCGAGAAGUGUGUCACCUUAUAACUCUAGUAGUUUUAGUAAUUCACAGAGUACAAUUGUACACAACACGUCGCCUUUGCCAAUGACUUCUAAUCCUGAUGUAGAAUCUAUAAUUAACAAAGAACCUAGUUUAAUAAAACUCGAAGAAAAUGUUUGUCCUGUUUUCUCUGAUAAUAUAACUGCAUCCGAGUGUUCUUCGCAUGCUUUUAACUGUGAUGACAGGAAUGCUGAAACAGCCGAGUCACCUGGCAAAGUCACAAACAUUUCAAUGCACCGAAGGUCAUCAGACUCUGAAAUCAAUAAUGCACCAAAAGGUAACAGUUUGACAGGAAGUGGAAGUUCAACAGUAAGUUCUCAUCGAACACAUGGACAUACUAUGUUUCACCGAUCAAUUUUAAGUAAAGAUACUUUGGACGCUAUGGAAUAUCCUUUUCUUACAAUGACCAAAUAUCCUCCUGGUUUUAUUGUACAUUUAGGUGGUAUGGUAAAUGCUAAAUCAGUUAAAUUACUUGAACGAAUGUCAAACAUGGAAGAACCAGAAAGUAGAGAUUCGUGGUGGAGUGAAUUAAGGCUUGAAAUGAGAUCACAUGCAAGAGCUUUAUCUUGCAAUGUAAUUUUGGGCUAUUCAGAAAAUACUGCAAUAUGUGAUGAUGUUUGCGUAUUGAGUGCUUCAGGAACAGCUGCCGUUGUAAACCUUAUAUCACCAGUAAAUUCCGGUGGAUAUUUUUCUGGAAUUUAUUCUAAUACACCUCUUGCAGAUAUACCAGAACCUUCUACUGCAAGUACAUUUUCAUGUAAUAGUAGAAGUCAUAAACACUCCAUAAGUAGUAGUCAUGAAAAAUUAGAUUCAUCUCCAUGUUCUAUUUGUCAUAUACCAUAUAAUGAUCACAGUGUACCAUUUUCUAUGAACAUGAAGUAUUGUUCUACUUGCAAACGGUACAAAGUACCACAUAUACUUUUAUCUUCAUUGGAACCUAUGGAAAAACUAACUAUUAGAGGUACUGGAACACUAUUACAAACUUUUGUUUGUCGCAAUAAACGAGAGCUCAAGGGAGAAAUGAAUGCUAAAGAAAUAUCUGAUGGUUUGCCAUUUCUCGAGUAUGAACUACAUAGUCAAUUAUUGAAUAAAUUAAGGGUGAAAGGAAUGAAUGCUAUUUUUGGACUGAAAAUUCAAGUUUGUCUUGGUGAAAGAGUUGUUUCUUUACAUGCUACUGGGACAGCUAUGUACAUUACUUGCUUGCCUGAACCACCAUUACCAUUAGUAAAAGCUGGCAAAUCUUGGGCUCAUCCAGAUCAACAACAAGUUUUACGUGCCCAAAAGUUACUGAAUGAUGCUGUGGUUAAUAAUAGACAACACUAUCAUCUUGUUCAAAAAGAAGUCGAAUCUGAAAAUAUAUCUUACAGUAGUUCAGGAAAACCUUUACCUGAUAUUAAUUUGAGCUAUGGGAAUAGAGACACUUGUAUUCUAGAAAUGGACGACGCAGAAGAUUUAGAUGUAGUUACUCAAUUGUUAGAGCCAACUCCUCCAGGAUCAUUUUUGCUAUCUAAUACUGAUGUUCUUCCGGGAGCUGGUUCAGAAGUUUUUCCUAUGGAACCCGUGUGUAAUCUUCAAAUGUUUACUCAAGUUUGGAGAUCUAAAGCGCAUUACACUAAUGGAAAUUUUGAUAAACAACUUCAGCGUAUGCUACAAGGAUUGUUUUUUAAGUUAAGAAGGAUGACACCAUGUGGAUUGGGAAAAUUAUCAUUCAAAAUUGAUAUUCCAGAGCCUGAUGAACUCCAAAUAUCAAUAGUUGGUAUGGCUUUGGGCUUAGGCGAAUCUGAUAAAACAACUGCAAAACAAAUUUUGAGAAGAAGACAAUUACCCUUAAAAGAUUUUGAGCAGAAAACAGAAGAACUUAUUUUUAAGUUAGAAGAUGUUUCAUUAAGUCAUGGAGAAAGAAAAGUUAGAAAAUUUGAACGAGCACCUAGGCCAAAUAGACUAUCUACACAUGCUGCUCCAAAAGAUAGAUAUGGUGUGGACAUAACACCAAUGACUUAUAUACCUGGUGCCAAAAUUGAACGAUAUUUAGGAAAUUUAAAUUUUUUUUUCAUUCGUGAAAGCACGUGUAUUAGAGAAAGCGGUGGUCUAAGUGGUUUUGUUCAUUGUUUUGUUGCCGAGGUUAUGGCUAUAGUGCGUGCACAUGUAACAGCACUUGGUGGAAAUGCAAUGGUAGCUUAUUUUAUGAAUGAAUGUAUUUUACUUAACAAUCCUCAUAAAAAUCAAGGACAAUGUCUUCUAAAUGUUGGAGAACAUUAUAAGGCAUUGAAAUUAAUUGAUUUUCAAUCAUUUGUCUGA